GCCCAGCGGCUGUGGAUGGCAGAAGCCCAGAGUGCGAUUGGCCAGCUGCAGGAGCAGAAGAAAGGUCUCUUGAUUGCCAUCAGCGCCUCUGUGGAUAAAAUUAUCUCGCACUUUGGGGCGGCCAGGAACUUGGUUCAGAAGGCUCAGUUAGGGGACAGCAGCCUGAACCCCGAUGUGGGGCACCUGGUGCUGACCACCCUCUGCCCUGCUCUCCACGCCCUGGUAGCCCAUGGGCUGAUGAAGCCUUUCCGGAAGGACCUCAUUACCGGCCAGCGCAGGAGCAGCCCCUGGAGCGUGGUGGAGGCAUCUGUGAAACCAGGUGCCAGCACACGCUCCCUCGGAGCCCUAUACGGCCAGGUCAGCCGCCUGGCCCCGCGGAGCAGUAGCCGCAGCCGCUUCCACGCCUUCAUCCUGGGCCUCCUCAACACUAAACAAUUGGAAGUGUGGUUGUCCAGUCUGCAGGAAGAUGCAGGUCUGCUGCCCCUCCUGUACCUGCCCACGGGAUUCUUGGCCCGGGGCAGCUGCCCCGCCCUGUCCACGGAGCUGCUGCUCCUGCUGGUGCUCACCUUCCACCUGGACUUGCUCUUUGAGCACCACCACCACCUGCCCCUGGGCCCGCCGCCAGCCCUGCAGCAGACGGUGCAGGCCCUGCUGCACUGGGGGAGCCGCUGGCCCAGAGCCUUGGGGGCCUCUGGGGAGGCCCCCCCAGGCCCUGAAGCUGCCCUGGCCUCUGAAACCCUUACAAGCCCUCCCACACCAGGCAGCUGGUGGGAGCAGCUGACCCUGGCCUCCCGAGUCUAUGCCUCUGGGGACACUGAGGGUGUUCCCCUUCCCCGGUGGGGACCCAGGCAUCAUGGGACUGCCUUUGAGGGCACAGCAGAGAGACCCCUGCCCGCAGAGGCGGUGGGCCCAUGUAGGGCCGUGUGGCUGGGCAAACUGUUCGGAGCUCCUGCAAGCUCCGUGGAGGCUGAAAGUGGGACCCUAAAGUCCAGGAGACCAUCCAGUUGGCUGCCCCCAGUGAGUGUGCUGGCCCUGGUGAGGCGGGGGCCACCUCCUGAGCCUUCCUCUCCUCCUGAGGAGCUUGAGACGUCAGCCCUCAGCGUAGUGCAGCCCCACGGGGCAGUCCGGACGCUCUGUGGCCACCCUGCCGCAAGAACGGACCACCUGAGCUUCCAGCGUGGGGAGGUGCAGCGUGUCCUCAUCACGGUGGACGAAGACUGGCUCCGCUGUGGGCGGGAAGGAGUGGAGGGGCUGGUGCCCGUGGGCUAUACCUCUCUCGUUCUGCAGCCCUGGGACCCUUCCCUGCACACGUGUCCCCUCCCUGUCACCUGGGCCUGGAAUGGCCCACGAUCACUAAUCCACGUAAAACCAAUCAUCCCAGAAGCAAACCGCUUCUUGCCUCCCUCAUCCGUUUCUGAUAUUUCAAGUCCACUCUCCUAUCAGGUGACAUGCGCCCUUCUCCCCGAGAUGUACAGAGGAAUCCCCUCCAUGGAACCUCUUCCCCAUCUCCACAAGGGACUGUCUGCAGAAUGGACCGCUCGCCCUCUCCCUGGUCCUCUUUCAGUGGACUGUGCCAGUACAGUAUAUGCCCUGGCUCCCGACUGCUUUCCUGUAUGUAUGGAGUCUGCCCCACCCCACCCUGCGCGAAUUUAUUGGCCACUCGGGAUGUUUGGUGCCUGA